AUGAGGUUCAACAUGAUGAACAUGACGUUCACCACGAGGCAAAACGUCUCCUUCAAAGUUCCACAACAACACCACGGAUUAGAGAUGAGUACCCGGAGAACAAAGGUCAUAGGCUCUCUGAAACACACCCGUUAUACUCAAGGUCCCCGUGGAAAUGUCAAAGUGAAGACAGUUUUUCCAACAGACCCAACGUCCUCUCAAUGCAUUUCCACCCCAUCUCAAUCCCCCCAAAAAAACUCUGUUUCUUUACCCCAAGUUGACCGGGAUGACUGCUCAAUGGGAACAAAUGAAGAAAUUAUGUUCAUGAACGUGAACAAUCAGGAGAUAAAUGGAUCCAAGUCAUCCAACGAUUAUUUACUGGGUACUGUCGUACACUUGGGACACAACGGCUCGCCUUGUCCGGGGAUGAAAUGGGAUUCUUCGGAUAAUGAGGGGUUAGACCCAGAUAUUUAUCUGGAUCAGGGUGGAUGUCCAUUGGAUUCCGCGGAUAUGGACCCGGAUGACAUUGACAUUGACAUCGAUAUCGAGGAUCUCACGGAUGCCGGGGAAAGUCUCCAGGAUGACAAUGAGAUCCCCGAUCCACCUGUAUCUUAUCUGAAUGGACGUCGGGUGCUUACAUUUGUUCAUACAAACGGAAUUCAUCAGCUACCUACGUCAUUCUGCCAUUGUGCGGGUGCACCCGCAUUGGAUAUUCAAUUGUUACGGAUGGGAUUCUUUCCCUCUACCUCCGCUCAACCGCAGACAGCUUUUACUUUCAGUGUCCUUGAUGACUAUCUCCUGGAAAACUUGGAAUGCAAAACGUCUGCGACCCAUUACUAUUCCAAACUCCGGAGAAUGACUUCCAAAGCAUUUCCAAGGCAGGUUAAGGACCGAUAUCGAGAGCUUAUUCGGGCAAGUCGUCAAUGGAGAAGUUUAAAAGAAUACAAGUGGUUUGGAUUCGGACAUCAACAUCGUCCUCCCGGAACAGGAGAGUUAGCACUUUUCUGUGCAGCAUGUCCACAGCUGGGGGUUAAUCUUCCAGAGAACUGGAAAGAGGAUGCUGAGCAAUGGGCGUAUUCUCGGGGCUUUGUUCUGGAUGGUAACUUUACCUGUAAUCAUAAAUUGCAGCGACGGCCGGAAACGGAUGUUUGGUUAAAGAAUGGGGAGGGAUACAUGGUGGAAAAGCAAAGAUACGGACAGCAUUUGAGGGUCGCGAAAGAAGUCAAGGAGGCACCAACUUGUAAUGAGCAUCAUGCUGUCAAUGACAAGGCCCGUAUUCACAAAGGUUGCGAUUCCACGGGUCUGGGAGCUGCUGCGUGUCUGAGACAUGGCUGCUACUGCCCUGGUGGUGUUGUUGACUUUCAAAAAGGCGAAAGGUUUUCACCUACUUUUAUUGAGGGGGCGGGUCAGGCUGAUGUUUCUUCGCUAUGCCACCGCUGGAAGAAGAUUCAAUCCGGACUCGCGGCCGCGGAAGCGGAGUUAUUGAAACUUUCGGACACUGCGAGCCCCGAACAACUUAAAGAUUGGGAUGGACUUGCUGAGGAAGCACAGAGAUGCCGGGUGGCUGAUGCCUCAGCAAUGGAUGUGUAUGAAGCAGAAGCUCCGAAGGCAUCAGUGCCUACGCAGAAGGACGUUCAAGCAGCGCUCAUGGGACAGGAAUCCCCAGUGAACGCUUCCAUGGGAGUAACAUUGUGGGUUAGCACUGGGAUCAAGAUACAGGAAGCUCAAAUUGAUGCAUUCGAGCGAGAAGCAUACGAACUGUUUCCCGGAGUAGACUUCAUGCUGCUGGCCAAUCCCCCUUCAUCUGACAGGCAAAUGGCUGAAAGCAUGGAGGUCAUACUCCCCUCGUCUUUUCCUGACCUUCCGGAGCAAAUGGCGAUUGCCCGUCAGCGGGAGAUUCUUCUCCGGAUUGCACAAGCCAAUGAUACACUGGCAGCCAUCCGUUUGGAAAUAGGACACAAAUCAUUCAUCUAUCGCAAAGAAAUUAACAAUCAGGAAAGUAAAAAGGGAAAGACCCGUUCCUAUGACAAGGUAAAUACUGCGGAUAGAAACUUGGCACACCAUCUCCGGGUCUAUGCACACGCUCGAUGGGCUUUGGCCCGCUUGGUUGGACAACAAAGAGCGUACGGUGCCUAUGCAACAACUUCUUUAUAUGAUGAGCUCAAGGUUUCAGGCCGCAAACAGAGCUUUGAGGGAUGUAAAAACAGUGGACCAGGAAGAAGCAUGGGUGAAAAUGUUUCAACAAGAAGUGGUAAAGUGACCCUGUUUUUGUCCCUCAUUUCCCCAUUAAUGUUCUCAAUUCAGGACGCAAUUACAUAUUUACUCGGAUCGCAUCGUGCCCGAGGGUAUCACUACGACAUUCCCACGUAUCUUGCAGAAUCCAUCUCCGCGAGGGGCCCAGUUCAUAUGGACUUUGAAUGCCCGGACACCAACCCUGAUCGAAUCGUGGACUGCUAUUUGAGUGACUGGUGGAACGCAAAGGAUAUGGCGUCCAUUGUGGAUACAUUUCCGAAAUGGAGUGAUGUGCAGGAGGAUGCACUUCUCAUACAUUCAAAGUUUCUGGAGCAAAUCUAUGAACACCGAGGGGAGGUUCCGAUCUCUGUAUCCAACUCCGCGGAGAUAGAACAAUUGGAAGCUCUCCGGGAUGGCAUCGCCCGCGGAGCGGCGACCUUGGAUGUAGAAAUCAACCGGCUCUCUGACAACAUCAAGGAGCUGGACGAAAGAAUGCAGGACGCCUCAGUGGAUAUUACUGCAAUGGAGGCGGAAUAUCGGACUGAAUAUCAACGUCGCGUUCUUGAUAACAUCCGAGAACGUCAUGAGAAAGAGGAUAAGCUGAAGGAGAAUACACAGGUGGCGGAGGAUAUGGCUCAAGCAAUGCUUUCAUCUGCCCGACCAAGACGGGCACUUCCACAAAGGCUACAGAGGAGGGGCAGGCUGCCCAUUCGCGGUCUCCCAGAAUUUUCCCUCUCAGAGGGUGGGGACCCGGAUACGUUGCACGGACCCGCCUUGGAGCAAGACAUUCCGGCCAAUCCAUGUCAAGACAAUUUGGACGUUAUGAUGGUUACGGACGAUGAUUUUUCAAAAGCUGUUCGGGUUCCAACCAAGCCAGAAACAACUCAUCCGACAUCCAAGGAUGCUGGUCAUACCCCAGUUGACGGAGUACCCGUUCUCUCAUGA